UAGCGGCGGAAGCUAAACUUGGUGGCCCGGUUCACUACCGAUGGAUGUAUCCUAUUGAGAGGUUUCUUAUGCGCUUAAAAGAUUAUGUACGCAAUCGAGCCUAUCCCGAGGGCUCGAUUGCUGAAGGAUAUAUUGCUGAGGAGUGUCUGACAUUUUGUUCGAGAUAUCUUGAAGGUGUUGAAACGGUUUUCAAUCGACCUCAAAGGAAUUGUGAUAUCAUAGAGAAUGCAGAUGUUUACAAGUUCUCAUCUGGCGGAAGAGUUUUGGGAAAAGUUGAAAGUGUUGUUCUUGACCAGAAAUCGUUGGCACAGGCACAUCGCUAUGUCUUACUUCAUAGUGAUAUAAUAUCCGAAUCUCGCAGGUUAGUACGGUUAAUUGAAAUCUAAAUUUACUGUCAUGUCAGGAGAAUGUAAUAUUGGUAUUUA